GUGACUAUCUGGACAUUCUUGCCAUCUCCUGUGACAGCUUCAAUGAGGACAUUAAUGUUCUCAUUGGCCGGGGUCAGGGGAAAAAGAACCACGUGGAAAACCUUCAAAAACUGAGGAAAUGGUGCAGGGACUACAAGGUGGCUUUCAAGAUCAACUCUGUCAUCAAUCGCUUCAAUGUGGAUGAAGACAUGAACGAACACAUCAAGGCCCUGAACCCUGUCCGCUGGAAGGUCUUCCAGUGCCUCCUAAUUGAGGGUGAGAACUCUGGAGAAGCUGCCCUGAGGGAAGCAGAACGAUUUCUUAUAAGCAAUGAAGAAUUUGAAGCAUUCUUAGAGCGUCACCAAGAAGUGUCCUGUUUGGUGCCGGAAUCUAACCAGAAGAUGAAAGACUCCUACCUUAUUCUGGAUGAAUAUGUGAGUAUCCCCCACGAGCUAUAAAUUCACA